CCCGGAGUCUGACCUUCCCACUCCUCCGCGCUGCGCGCUGUCUCGGCUGGCGGAGAAGUGCGGGUUUGUCUGCGCUGCAGAGCAGGACUCGGCCCAGCCUUCACUUCAUCUGCGCUUGAGAGAAAUCAUGGCUUUUGUCACUCACCAGAUCAUAAGGAGCCUUUCUUCCUCCGCCGUCAGAAGUGGCGUUAUAAAACAUGUCACGAUUAUCGGCGGCGGGCUGAUGGGUGCAGGAAUCGCGCAGGUUGCUGCAUCAACGGGCCACUCUGUAGUGCUGGUGGACCAGUCAGAAGAUAUACUAAAGAAGUCCACCAAAGGCAUUGAGGACAGCCUGAAGAGAAUUGCCAAGAAGAAGUUUGCAGACAAACCUGAGGCGGGGGCAGAGUUUAUUCAGAAGGUCCUGAAGAAUGUCACCACCUCCUCAGAUGCUGCAUCAGUGAUUCACAGCACUGACCUGGUACUAGAGGCCAUUGUGGAGAACCUGAAAAUCAAGCAGGAUCUCUUCAGUGGGCUAGACAAGUUUGCCCCAGAUCACACUAUAUUUGCCAGCAACACCUCUUCGCUGCCCAUCACUGACAUAGCCAAUUCAACCUCCAGACAGGACCGGUUUGGAGGACUUCACUUCUUCAACCCGGUGCCUUUAAUGAAACUUGUGGAAGUCAUUCGAACACCAAUGACUAAUCAGAAGACCUUUGACGCUCUUCUGGAAUUCAGCAAAGCUCUGGGGAAACAUCCAGUUUCUUGCAAAGAUACUCCUGGCUUUAUUGUGAAUCGUCUGCUAGUUCCAUACAUGAUGGAAGCCAUUAGGCUACAUGAGAAAGGUCAUGGAUCAAAGGAGGAUAUAGAUGUUGCCAUGAAGCUGGGAGCUGGCUACCCAAUGGGCCCCUUUGAGCUGCUGGAUUAUGUUGGGUUGGACACCUCUAAAUUUAUCAUCGAUGGCUGGCAUGAAAGGGAUCCAGACAACCCCUUAUUCGCUCCCAGCCCCAUGCUGAAUCAACUCGUGGAGCAAGGGAAGCUGGGGAAGAAGACUGGAGAGGGAUUCUACAAGUACAAGUAACAGGCGGCCUUCCAUAACGGCUAAGGGGCUGCCUCUCUUCCGCCCUUUAGAACGCUGACAUUGGCUUGGAAAGAGAAAAGGGACAGCGACUGAAAGUAAAAUGUGAAAGGUGCUGUGAAUCUGAAGGGGGUGUGUUGCGCUAUGCAUUCGAAGGUUGUAUUGUUGUCGCACUUAUGAAAUUUCAGGUGCAGCCUCGGUGCCUUCUGAAGCACUAAAAUGAAACGUUGUUGUGGUGGAACUUCUUUGCCUUUUGUUGUUCUUCUGGAUGUCAUCUUUGUGACUGACGUUUUUGCAGGUGUUUGUGUCAUUAAAGGUUCAUUGAAGAUA